ACCUCCUGUUCUUUAGACCGGCACGAGCAAAUUCCCCACAUGCAGCACCGAAGCUCCAUCAAUUGAGGACGUUUCUGAGUUUGUAAAGACGGAUUUAUUACACUUGGGGUCUGUUAAUCGUCGACAACUAUUUAACUUAUUUUUUAACGCAAGGCAGCUAUAGAUUUUUUUCCCUGGUAUAUAUUUAAAUUUCGUAGUCAUUUUUUCUUCAUUAUCCCGCGCGCGCUAUCGUAGCGUUGAGUGCGCGCUCUUAAUUAGCUUACCUGCUAGUAGCCAGCCUGCGUUCUUCACAAGAUUGACAACUGCAACGUGUGGAUGUACACCUGCUCAUCUGCAGUUACAUUUGCACAAUGGCUGUCUCUUCACUCAGUUUAAUAGCUCAGCACUCAGAAAAGAACAACAGAUCUAGUUUAAUUACAGGAUAGCAAUAGGCCCUCCUCAUAAUUGUUUACCUUAAUUGUUUUCUGGUCAGCUCCAGAUAAACAUUCUUACCAAUUUGCACUGCUGAAUCUGCUGAAAUCCUGUUUUAAGACAGUGAUCCCGUAGAGAAGCUAAUUAUUUAUUUUACCUAGUACCUCUUUAUUUUACUAGCUGCAGUCUAGAAAUAGCAUUUUAUAUCCAUAUAUAUAUUACAUUCCCUUUAAGAUUGUGAACCAGUUACAUAGACUACAAUCAUGGUUUCAACAACUGCAGCAGCAACAACAAUAAUACUGGUUAGCACAGUAGCAGCAGGCCACACGGCUCUGACAGAGUACACGUGGCUGCUAAUUGUUGGCUUCAUCAUUGCCUUCAUCUUAGCCUUUUCUGUUGGUGCCAACGAUGUUGCCAACUCGUUUGGUACAGCUGUUGGCUCUGGAGUGGUUACCUUGCGACAGGCUUGUAUUCUGGCCACGGUGUUUGAAACUUUAGGCUCAGUACUCCUUGGGGCCAAAGUGAGCGAAACCAUCCGAACGGGUAUCAUCGAUGUGACCAUGUACGAAACUUCCAAGCAUGUCUUAAUGGCUGGGUCGGUCAGUGCCAUGGUUGGUUCUGCUGUGUGGCAACUAGCUGCCUCCUUCCUUAAGCUCCCCAUAUCUGGAACACACUGUAUUGUUGGUGCUACUAUUGGAUUUUCACUGGUUGCCAGAGGACAGCAGGGAGUCAAGUGGUUUGAACUCCUACGCAUUGUUGGUUCAUGGUUCCUGAGUCCCCUUUUGUCUGGAAUAAUGUCAGCGGUUGUUUUCUACUUUGUGCGCAUUUUCAUCUUACACAAGAAAGACCCUGUUCCAAAUGGACUGAAGGCCCUGCCCGUCUUCUAUGCGGUGACCAUGGGAGUCAACCUGUUCUCCAUCAUGUACACUGGAGCUCCGAUGCUGGGAUUUGACAAGAUCCCUUGGUGGGGCAUCCUGCUCAUCUCAUUGGCCUGCUCACUGCUGACUGCCCUUGUGGUCUGGUUUAUUGUAUGCCCUCGCCUCAAGAAGAAGAUUGAACGAGAUAUCAAGUCCUCCAGCCCCGCUGAAAGCCCGCUGAUGGAGAAGAGGGAGCUGAGAGAGGCUCACUGUCCAAUCCUGAAACAGACUGCCAAGGAACCCUCUACACUAAUCACCCCAGCUGUCAAUCAAAGCACGCCUGAGCUGCCCCAACCACCAUGUGAGGAGCGCAGGGUCGUGUUUGACAUCGGAGACUCUGAAGAUGUCGACAAUAAUAAAGAACGCAGGGUGGCAUUUGACAUUGGAGAUUCUGAUGACAUUGACUUCAGCAAUGCAAAUGGUGCACCUAAACAAGUCCAGGCAAAUGGCCAUGUCCAGAUCCAGGACCAGGACCAGAACCAGCAAGCCCAGCACACCAACGGGUCAGCAAAUCCUCCCAGUCAAGUCCAAUUCAACAAUCAGGCUCAGUUCAACAACAGGCCAGCACAAAUACCAAGUAACGGUUACAGCCAGUACCACACGGUCCACAAGGACUCUGGUCUCUACAAAGACCUCCUGCACAAACUCCACCUGGCCAAGGUUGGCGACUGCAUGGGCGAGGGUAAUGACCGACCAAUUCGGCGCAACAACAGCUACACUUCCUACACUAUGGCCAUCAUCGGCAUGCAUGGAGACUUCAGGCAUAAGGAAGGUGACUUCCGUGCCAGUGAGGACGGCGACAAGGGCCCAGGGUCAGGCAGCCAGGAAAGAAAGCGCAUACGUAUGGACAGUUACACCAGCUACUGCAAUGCUGUGGCAGAGUACACGACUCCUGAGGGCUUGGGAGCCGGAGACGUGGCAGUGGAAAUAGGGAAGGAGGACGCAGGUAGCAGCCAAAGCUCUCUGGAGGAUGAUGGGCUUGAGGCAGACAAACCAGAAGUCUCAACGCUCUUCCAGUUCUUGCAAAUUCUCACCGCCUGCUUUGGAUCCUUUGCACAUGGAGGCAAUGACGUUAGUAAUGCCAUUGGACCUUUGGUCGCUCUGUGGUUAGUUUACAAAACCAACAGCGUGAACUCAAACAUGUCUACACCCAUUUGGCUCCUGCUGUACGGUGGCGUGGGCAUCUGCGCUGGACUCUGGGUUUGGGGUCGCAGAGUGAUUCAGACCAUGGGCCGGGACCUCACCCCCAUCACUCCCUCAAGUGGCUUCAGCAUUGAACUGGCCUCAGCCCUGACUGUGGUGGUGGCCUCUAACAUUGGCCUGCCUGUCUCCACCACCCACUGCAAGGUGGGCUCGGUCGUUGCCGUAGGAUGGCUGCGUUCCAAAAAGGCAGUGGACUGGCGUCUGUUCCGAAACAUCUUCAUGGCGUGGUUUGUGACUGUGCCCAUCUCGGGCCUGAUCAGCGCCGCAAUCAUGGCCCUCUUCAUGUUCUUCAUCGGACCGUGAGCAUUUGGCGAGGCCCCACGCAGGGGGAGGAGAAAAAUGUGUGACGUUGGAAGGCCAAAAUACAUCGCUUACCUCAAACCAACAAAGAAAAAGGAAAAAAAAAAGUGUUGAGGACAUGUAAUAUGGGCCUGUGGUUCUUGGCUGCAUAAUUUUCGACCUAGAAUUUGCCAUUUGUUCCAUUUGGCCCACAAAGCUUCACAGGGAAGCUUGCAUAUCUUUGUUCUGACUUUGCUUUUUCGUACCUCCAUCAUUCUGUAAGAGUUAAUCUGAAAGCAUCAGCUGAUUUUGUUUUCAUUUUUCUAAUGCUCAUUCUUCCAUAUUUUCUUCUUUUUUUUUAAGUUGAAAUGAUGUGUGUGUGUAUAUAUACAUCCAUUCUGUUUUAAUUUUGUUUUAAAACAUACAGAAAUGAACAAUAAAAUGCAGUAUUAGACUUUUGCAGACGUAACUCCCAUCAUAACACAAGCAGAAAGUAAUGUCAAUGCUAAAGGAAUAUAUUUAAGUGAGGUAUUUGGUGUGUGCGUUUUUCCCCAAUUUCAAGACUUUGUUGCUAAAAGAUUGUUCGUUUUUUUUCUUCCUUGUAUCCCCUAACAAGGAUAGUCGCUGCUGUGCUGGAGGUUUUUUUUUUUUUUGGUACUUUAAACUCAUUUUGAAUUUGAGAGAGGCUGGUGAACCUUUAUCCACAUGACACAGUAUGUGGAUAAAGCACUAAUUAUAAAUCACUGGAUAACCAGCAGCAGAAUAACAUCAGACGUAUUGUCAUAGUGUUUAUUAAUAAAUAAAAAGUCAGUGCUCUAAUGCCGGGAAACAACAAAGCCCUUUAUCAUUAAAGUCAGUGGAUCAUCUGCUGUCAUAAUUAGAAUCACCUAAGGCUCUAAAAUUCUUGAAUUGGCACAUAAAUGACCAAUUGAAAUAUCUUUGGUGACUUGAAUUUGAGAAACGGUAACCACAGAAUGUCAACUAUUGCAAAAACAUCAAGGCGAGGCCUGAACUAUCUCCUGUUAAAACUUGAUUGCGUUGAUGGUUAAAUGCUUUAGGGACCUGCUUCAGACUUGUUUUUAUAGUUCACCUUGUAAAGGCUGCUUCUCAGCUGGGGUUGAGGUCGCAUCUGCCCGAGACAAAAUCCAAAAUCUAUUAUACCCCCCUGCCUCCCUUCCUUCUUGAGAAGCUGAAGUUACAGCUUUGAAGUGAAGAGGAACAGGAACCCAAAAAAAACUGGAAGUCACCAGAUUGAUGUGGUGUGGAGCUAAUCUGGGCAGAUAAACAUAUGUUGCAUGCCAUUAGUGUGCGGCCAUUUGGCUGCCAAACUAAAUGCAUUUCAGACCGAAAGAUGGUGUAGUUGCCUUAAUUGUUUUUAUUUUCCCUUAGAUACCAAAGACGAGGUUGUUUUUUUGUUCUUUUUCCUUCUUUUUAAAAAAAAAAUACACAUCAUCAUACUUUGGUCCAUGUUUAUGGAUUCCAAAUGAAAAAAGCAAAAUAAAAAUGGGAAAACACUGAAA